AUGCUGCACGAGGCUCCCGCGCGCGAUACCGGUGGUUGUGGCGAUGUCAAGGAGCCGGCGCCGUCGACCAAAGGAGUCGAACGUCGGCUCGUGCACGCCUACUCGAUCGACGCGAUCCUGGGACUUGACAGGUCGUCGACGUGCUCCGAGGAACGGCGCCGGGUGCCCGUGGUCUACCACGGCGGCACGCGUUGCACUUCGCCCACGGGCACGGACAGCGGAUCCGACACAGCGAGCAACGCCGGGCUGGAAGUGUCGAGCGGGCCCGAGCUGUCACCCGGAACCGGAAGUCGCGGAAGUCCCGGCCCGGAAGGCGCGACGACGCAGCUGCCGGCCGAAGGGACGUCGCCUGCGCCGGGUGGCUCCGGAUCUUCUUCCUCGUUGUCUCCGGCGGGAGCUGGGGCAGCGAGCUCCAAGAAGAAGCACCGGCGCAACCGCACCACCUUCACCACGUUCCAGCUGCACGAGCUGGAGAGGGCGUUCGAGAAGUCACACUACCCGGACGUGUACAGCCGAGAGGAGCUGGCCAUGAAGGUCAACCUACCGGAAGUCAGGGUGCAGGUGUGGUUCCAGAAUCGGCGCGCAAAGUGGCGUCGCCAGGAGAAGAUGGAGUCGCAGAGUGCGCUGCAGCACAGGCUCGCUGGAGGAGGGUCCUCCCCCGGUCCCGGAGUGACGGGUGCGGGAGCCGGUUGCCUGGGCGCGCCGCCCGCACUGCCGCUCGACCCCUGGUUGGCGCCACCGCUCCUGUCGGGCGCACCUUUCCUGGCCGCGGCGGCUGCUGCAGCGGCGGCCACGCAGCAACCUCCCCACCACCACCAUCACCACUUCUACGCGGCGACAACGGCGCCCUUUCAUCUGCAAGGAAUGGCCGCUCCGAGUAGCAGCUCCCCGCUCAACCUGACGCUAUCUAACGAGCCGAAGCCACAGCCACAGUCAGCCGAAGAGGAAGACGAGUCGGCCAGUUCCGGCCGCACUUCGAGCAUCGUGACUCUCAGGCUACGCGCUAGGGAGCACGUGCAGCUGCUUUGCAAAGGGGUGUGACGUCGGCUACGUCCGGACAGCUGUGAAAGGCGAACAGCUCCCCACUGCACGCAUCUAGACAAACAGAAAACGACGUGUACAUACAGCAACGAUUUCAAAUUACGCGUUCCUUCGCGCACCUCUCGCUAUGGGAAAGAUGAAGCCAGACUGCCUUUUCGUAAUAGAUCUUUGCUUGGCGAAUAUAAAUUUCAGUAGUUCAAAGCUUGCAAGUAACGACAACAAUGCAUCACCCGAAGUUUGUUUUAUUAAACUGUCAUCUGGGUUGUAGGUGCAGCCAACAGACUAUACACGAUUGUUACUAGGGUCGCAUACAGAUAAGACGUACGACGUUGGCGCCUUGUCAGUAAAUUCCGAAUAAGCUGUUCGUCCCGUUCUUCUGUAUAUGAGCGGAUGUAAACGUAAGCAUCCAUAUAAAUAAACAAAGAUUAGACUCCCCUCUUUUUUUUUACAUUUUGAAGUAGUGCACUUAGGAGGGUUAUCACAAUUUAUGUUGCAAUGUUGCUACGCGACUACAUAAAAGCGCCACGAAUUGUGCAUAUCGUUGAAAGAUAUCGUUUUAAGAAACAAAUUCAGGUCACAGUUACCAAUAUGAGAGCAGGGCCUGCUGUCGUCAAUCAUUUUUGAGUAGGAAGCAAAAUUUCUGG